GUAAUCAACUCUGACGGCCACCGGGCCCAGAGCAUGCUCUUGUGCUAGGUAUUAUGGCGACGAAAAGGAAACUUGUUCAAGAUAUGGCCGCAUAGAAAGCGGGUUCUUAGUCGCACUCAACCCGCCCCCGUGAUUAACACAGCGCGGUGUCGUGAGGGAUUAAUCGAAAGCGACGUCACUUCAGCAGAUCAGGUCUAGACGCACCAAUCAACCACGUCUAGACAAUGUCUACGCAGCCUUAAUGAAAACAUUUUACAUUCUACAUUCGAGUCAGGAGAUGAAUCCAUGUCUGGUAGUCUUAGCCUGUGAUUGGUCAGAAGCACUCAGGCAGCAAUUGACCUGGCAAGACUAGAUAGUGAAAUAUAAAACAACCGGUCAAUUUCGCUCGUAACCUGCACGACAACGACCAGCGGAGCACCACACGCUGUUGAAUAAUUAAUCGCCUUGAGAUCCCAUUUUCAUUCCAAUUAGAAGAUUCAAGACACGGAAGGCCCAAGCACCGAGUGUCGAUCGACUCAUACCCCCAACGUCUUUAAUUAGAAAUAGUCUAUGCGACCUUUCUUGCUGUGCUCGAAAGUGCAAAGUCUCACUUAGCCCACAGUCUCGUCUGUCGAGAAGGUAUUGGGCUAUUUUUGACUUGUAUCACGUGCGACAAAGACAAUAACGGAGCAAAAUAUCUCCGAACUGAGCAUGUGCGACGUACACAACACAGAUUAGAGAAAUGUUUUUCAAGCUGGCCACGACACAUCAGGUUUAACGUGGAAUAUUUACGACGCUCCUCGAUAUUGACCGUCAUGGAGAAGGAAAUCUACCAAAAAUCCCAGAACCCUCUGAUAGACGAAAUACUACAGAAAUAUCGAGAUUGCUCGACCGACUCAAUCUCUGGUCCCAAAGGAUUUACCGAUCGAAUUGUCCAAAAGCCUUGGUCCAGCGUCGACUCUGAAAGCAAACAACGUGUUGUUACGUCUACCGAGGCUCCGUGGCGAAUAUGUAACACAGUAUCUACAUCUUCAAGGAUGUAUGCGCCCGCAAGGGAACGGAGCGCGCUGAAAUUUAAAGAAACUCUUGUCAACCAAAUACCCCUGGCCUGUUUCAGCUACGGAGGGGAAAAGCGACUAUGUUACAAAGAACUAGUGGAGAAAAUUCUCAAAGGAUUUAGUUCGCAAGUGAUCAACGCGACACGAGAUCGACUUCAAAUAUUUUGCCCUCGUUGUACGCCACAACAACUCGAGGUUCUUAAGCUCGCCGGAGUGUUGCCCUGGUCGUGCGCGUCCGCCGGUCUUAUCGCGAAAAGCGACGCGUUUCGUCUCAUAGGCGCACUUACAGGUUCUAACGUACCCCACAGGAACAGUCGCCUAUUCUCGGUGGAUAGCUUGGAGGUUUAUCACGAAUGCUUUGGCGGUUGUGUGGGGACGCUAGAGAUCGAGCUCUACACGGAUCCUUACGCCGAGUGUGUAACGUGCUCGCAGUGCGAUGGGGUGUUCUCGCCAAGGACUUUUGUCACACACCAUCACACGUCCGGCGAGGUUCAUACCUGCCACUGGGGCUUUGACAGCGCAAACUGGAAACUCUACCUGAUGCUCUGCAACGAUCAGCCCACACUACACGUGCAGAGACUAUGGGAAACACUGACGAGUAAAUUCAGUAGCAGCCCGAGGCGAGUCAAGAGAGAGAACGCCGAGUCCGAGGUGGCGGAUACCGGAUACAAUUCAUCUGAGUCCAGGGGUAGCCCACCAUCACCCGCAAAGAAACAGCGCUCUGAAAGUCGCGAUUCACGGUCGUCUCAGAGCUCCGAGAACAGAGAUGGGGAGUUUAACAGUGCACCUCAUAUUGGGAGCUCAGAGGGGGGAAUCAUAAGUAGGAGGUCAGCGUUUCGUCCGUGGUCUCCUGUUGGACAGAGAAUCCCACCGACUAUAACACCAUUUGAUAAGCUACCAGUACCCUCACCUAAUGGAGUCGCAUUUCUCCCUUCGGGUUCCGGGAGAAUCUUUUCGCCGACUGCGGUGACAUAUCAGUCGGAUUGUCAAUGCAAUGACCCUGCGUGCGAGCAUAAGGGAAGCUACCGUGCGUUUAAGAGACCGGACCACGAAGAAAACACGCCGCCACAGCCGCCGCCUCGGAAGCUGUUCGAGGGCUUGCCUAUGCCGAGCACGCGCGAUCACAUGUCCCUUGAGAAAACAGCGAAGGAUAUGCUAGACGUGGUAGCGCACAAUGAUCAGUGGAAUGCCUUUGAAGAGAGCUAUUCCAAUUUGAAUCGCGAAAGGUCUCAUUUGGAUAAUUCACACCCACAGGCCCCGUUCUCUGAGGAACAUGUUUAUCAAACUCUGAUAAAGUUUACGUGUAAUGGAGAGCUGCCUAGUCCGCGAGAGCUGAGCGCCGCGCUGGCGAAGGAGCUACAGGAGUUCUACGUGCGACACGAAAACAAACUGAAAAGAGUUUUAGAAGAGAAAAUAAUUGUCGAGGACGAUUUGGAGUCGUUACGGCAGGAACACGCUAAAAAGAUCGAGGAGGCAUAUGACGAUUUGAAGAAAACGCAAAAAGAACUGCGACUUUGCCAGGCCAGGUAUCGAGACGAGACGCAGGAGAUGAAAGCAAAGAUUAGCGAUCUCGAAGCAGAGGUGAGAAAAUCCAGACUGGACAAGCAGGGAAGCGGACGGGGAUCGAACGAGUCUAUUGACGUGCUCCAGCAAGAGGUGCGCGAGUUGUGUUCGAAACUAGAGCAGAAGGACUUGUUUUGUAACGAUUUAGAGAACGAAAUCAAGUCAUUACACGGUUGGAUAAAGAACCAGAGGGUAUAUAAACCAGCAUCUGCAUAUCUCGGCGCCAUGACUAGCCCUAGACAUGUUGAUGUGCGAACAGUCUUACGAAGUGUACAAAUUGUUAAUGGGUCUACUAACGGAAAAUCAUGCGAAGAUGCUCUUAAACCCACUGGAAAUGGUCGCGCGGACUCGAUCUAAGUCUCAUAACUAGUUCCAUUACCUCGUCACAUCUCUAACUGUCGCGCACGUUAUGACAAAUUCAUGAACUGAAUGAUUAUUGUACUUAAUACCUUUAAAGAUAUAAAUAUCAAACAAAAAGGGGUGAGAGUUUCCAAAAGGACUAAAGUAAACUAGGUUUCUAGUCUAAAGCGUGCAUUUGUUGUCUUUUUUUGCGUAGAAGUGUUUCUACUCGUCUCAAGAAAUGUGAAUGAGGUUCAUUCUUUUAUUUCGUGCUUUGGAUAUCCUUAGAUACACAAAAGAUCUUUUAAUUCAUCUACCCGCGGCGCAAAUGAAGAUCCAAGAGAAUAGUUUUGGUGGCUUUUUCUUGUUUAGUCAAAAUAAACCCUUUUAAUCUAGCACCGCAGGAUAGUAUUUACAUUACUACUUUCCAUUAUUCGAAGACAAAAUACCUAGACCUCGAGAAAGCCUGUCUUCAGGCGAUCAAUGAAUGUCACUUACUCGGCAGAUUUUAUCUCGUACUAAUCACUCCAGAAGGGCUCAGAAACACCUGAAAUGUCUGAAUCAGUCAUCUCAUCGCGACUAGGUGUAUAUGUCUCAUGAAUUAUCUAUUUUGUCUCGAAGUUUGAGAGUUUUACUCUGGAUAAAAAGAGUGUUAUCUUUGUUCUCAAAUGAAAGGUCUGGCGCUUGGCGCAUCGGAUAUAAAAUUAAGUUUUAUCAAAACUAGACCGUUGCAUAUCUGACGUUUUGCUAGAAAAAUGUUAUAAAAAGGCCUGCUAAGGAAUGAAUAAAAGCAUUCGUUGAAUAAAAAAUAUGAAGGUAAAUAUUUAUAAGUAGUUUGUUGAAAGACUAUUUGCUUACAAAGUUAGAGCUAAAGCUAAUGAACAUGGAAUACUACUACUUGAACGUCAACUAAUUGUAUAUUUUUGUUGAACAUUAUAAACAUAGCAGUUGUAAAUAGAAAUAAAGGUUAUACAACAAAGGUUGUAUAACCACACCCUAGACAUACUAUUCAAGCGCCUGUGAUUUUCAAGGCCAUACUUGAAGCCAAGAUUUGAUGCGCUUGCCGACUCGUCAAAACACCUGAAGCGCUUUGACUUGUCAACAGCCUUCCGAGACAUUUUGCAUUACGCUAGGAUUUUAUACCCAACGGAAACGUGGUUCGACUCCGCUUUUUACCACAAACUAAAAACGCCCUCGAGGCAUCACAAACAUCCUUGACACAUAAAGGAGUGAGGGGAUUACGAUAGGGCUGUCCAUAAGUUGCUUGGCAACUUUUGCUAUUUCGAGCAACUUUGUUUACCUCGAGCAACUUUUUCGAUUUUUAGCAUUUUUUAUUAUUAUUUUUUCUUUUUUUUUUUUGCUUUUUAUGACGUUUCUCGACUUCAAGAUGACUAUAAAGACUAAAAAAAGCUGAUACUUUAGCUGAUUCGUGAUGUAAUAUAUCUUUUAGAACGACUAUAAGUGUUGGUAUGCCUGUGGUAGUUUUAGAAUGGUCAGCGGAUAAUAAAAUCCAAAAUGGCGGAGUUGAGCGAUGGUCCAUGCUCGGGUGACCAUGAUGAAUCUAAUGAAUACUCAGAUCCUUUAGAAAUAGCAGUCAAUGCAGGAGCUAGGUUGAGUACUCCGGCAAAAGCCGAUGUUUCUCGAACAAGAAAAGUACAAAGUAAUCCCUCUGAGAAGAAAAGAAACGUGCGUGGGUCAGUGGACCCCAAUGUGUCCUCGUUGGAUAGAGUAAAGGAGUUCAAAGACCAGUAUUUAACCGUGACAUCGGGUAAUCUGAGAUUUGACGCCUGUAAGGAAACACUCUCAAAAAAGAAGAGCUCCAUCAAGAAGCAUGUUUCAUCUGCAAAACACAUCAAAUCGAUUGAGAACAUCAA